AAUGUAGAACAUUUCCUUGUCUUUCAGACUCAUUGUCUGUCACUUUUUCCAUAUGAAAUUAGGAAUGUGAUAAAUUCCAAAGGCUUGUAAUGUGGAUGUGAUGGUAUUGCGGAAGUGCAAGUAGCCAAUAACAGUUAUCCCAAUAGCAACCCAGUUAUUUAUUAAAUUACUUGUUUAUUUGCCUUUGAAUUAUGUGAUUUAGCUUAAAGAGGUCCAUGACUUCAACCAAAAACAAUGUGUGUUUCUAAUAACAGACACUGACAGAACAGAAUAAAGUAUCAAUUUCUCAUAAAAAAAUCUGUGUGCUUGUUUGAUUGUGCAGACUAAAAUGUGAAAACUACGAUCAGAGAGUUUAUAUGUUUGUUUGAUUUGUUGAACGAUGGCAGACGCAUGUGGAGAACUCUCUCUGCCUCACCGGUCACAUGUCCUUUGGGCACGUCGCGCGUCUGUGCCGCAUCUUUGUAGAGACCUCUGGUAGAAGCAGACUGAGUGAAACAGAUCGGAUCGAGCACACCUGAGGAAUGGAAAACACAACCAGAGGUCUGACCAACCAGUUCGUGCAGCCUCCGUGGCGCGUCGCGCUGUGGUCGGUGGCUUACAGCACAGUACUGGCCGUGGCGGUCUUCGGGAACCUGAUAGUGAUUUGGAUUAUUCUGGCGCACAAGCGGAUGAGGACUGUCACCAACUAUUUCCUGCUGAACUUGGCUUUCUCUGACGUUUCCAUGGCCGCUUUCAACACGCUCAUCAACUUCAUCUACGCGGCUCACGGAGAGUGGUACUUCGGGCAGGUGUACUGCAGGUUCCACAACUUCUUUCCCGUCACCGCCGUGUUUGCCAGCAUCUACUCCAUGACCGCGAUCGCCAUCGACAGGUACAUGGCAAUCAUCCACCCUAUGAAGCCUCGUCUGCCUGCUAAAGCCACUCUGGGGGUCAUUGUCUGUAUCUGGAGCUUGGCUGUGGUUCUGGCCUUCCCGCUCUGCUACUUUUCCACCAUCCGAACUCUGCCCCAAAGGACCGUCUGCUACGUGGCCUGGCCCCGCAUGGCCGAAGACUCCUUCAUGUAUCAUAUCAUAGUUACAGUUCUGGUCUACAUACUGCCCUUAGUGGUGAUGGGCAUCACCUAUACCAUUGUGGGGGUGACACUAUGGGGAGGUGAGAUCCCUGGAGAUUCAUCUGAUAACUACCAAGGACAGCUACAAGCCAAAAGGAAGGUGGUGAAGAUGAUGAUUAUUGUAGUGGUUACCUUCGCCCUCUGCUGGCUGCCGUAUCAUGUCUACUUCAUCGCGACUGGUCUCAACAAGCGUCUGAGCAAGUGGAAGUAUAUCCAGCAGGUUUACCUGUCAGUGCUGUGGCUUGCAAUGAGCUCCACCAUGUACAAUCCCAUAAUCUACUGCUGCCUCAAUAGCAGGUUUCGGGCUGGUUUCAAGCAGGUUUUCCGCUGGUGUCCUUUUGUCCGAGUGUCGAGCUACGAUGAGCUGGAGCUCCAAAGCACAAGACUUCGACCGUGUCACCAGAGCAGCGUGUGCACCAGCAUCCUGAGCAAAGACAAGAGCACUUGUGGAAACAGGUCGAAACCCAACUCUGAGCUGAAUAAUAAAGACAGUUAGGGUAUUUCU